CUAAAGCGUAGUUAACAAAUGUCAACCAUCUGAUUCGUAAAUAACUAAAUAUUGGAGUAAAUAAAUCGCCAACAAAAAUAAUCAUCCAACAAACUCCGAGUGGAUUAUGGUUUAAUUUACGAUAGACUAAAAAGCGGUCAGUAUGGGAUGCUGUUACAGUUAUUUUUGUAAAGACGAUACUACGUCACAGUCUGGUGAACCAACGGAAAGAACUCAUCUACUGGUUAAUCCAGUUUCGGUAAAUUCCAACAUAGAACGUACUAAUAGUGAUGAUUAUCUAUGCAGAAAUUCAAACACCUUACCAAAAAAGACUGAUGAGCAAUCAGCCUUAAAUAGGAUUUUACAAGAAACUGCUACUAAUGUUAUUGAUGUGGCUGCUUUGGACUCUCAUAAUUUACAACAGCAUGAAUAUUUGGAAAGGAUGAAACAAUAUAAUGCCAGAGUACAGCAAAUUGCAACUAAUAAUAAGAGCAAGCUAACUAAUAAGGUGCAACCAUGUUUGUUACAAGACAUACCGGUCCCUGAAAAAAUUCUCUCAUCUGAACCCAUUUCUCAAGAUGACAUAAAAUUGAUUAAUUCUUUUGUGAGUUCUGCAGAAGCGUCAAUCAAAGAUAUAAAGGUAGAGCAUAAGGAGAAUCUCGUAGAGCCAUUUGGAAUAAAUUGCUGAGACUGGAAAGUGAAUUGACAAUUAUAAUAGUCUGAAUAAUGUGAAUGCCUAGUAUAAAUUGCAUAUACAUUAGUCAGAAUUGUGCAAUUAUCCAGCAGAUUAUUGAAGUGCACAAAUUGUCUUUAAUUAUUAUUCUUAUUGGAUUAACAUUGCAAGAUAUGUAAAUAUAAAUGACAGAAAACAGGUGAUAAUGUGAUGAAUUGAGUAUGUACUAAAGACUUUGUGACUACUUCUGUGUAUGUUGAUGCUAUUUUUAUUAUACAUAAUUUUUGGGCAAAUAAGAUUAUGUUUAUAUACAAUAUAUUUGUAAAUUUAUGAUUGUGGAAAUAUAUUCGUUUAUUAUACAAA